UCCUUAAGUGAAUCACCUAUUGCCACAAUUUAAAAUGUUUUUAAAUUAUGCUAUUGCAAAAAGUCUUAUUUCGGUUUGUAUUUCAGAUAAUUGCCUUGAUUAUUCCUUGGUUAAGUUAUCUGACAUCUUCUAAAAAAAAAAAAUACUAUCUCAGUGUGUCACGUCUCUCAGUGCUGAUGUCAAAGUUUUGUUUGUAGUUUCAUUAUUUUAUAGCUGUAGAAUCAGUGUUAAAGCCUGUAGGGUCCAACACGUCAGAGGAUCAUGUUCACAAACCAUUUGGUGUUGUGAAACUGGGCUGACCUUUGGGGUUUGGGAAAUGUGUUUUAUAAGAAGAUAACUAUGGAAUGAAGUUUGGCUCUUUUGUGUUAGGUAUAACAUUUAUUUUUAAAUGUUAUUUCAUUUUUAUAAAUCUGUGUUGUUGUUCUUUUUUUUUACUCCAGCAUAAUUCUAUAUUGGAUCAUCUGGAGUCAUUUUUGACCCACAUACUUAUUUGUAAAAGUCACUGUAUGUAACUGAACUACUAUGAGUCAUCAAUGUUUGGUUCUCUCUUUUAUUUUAUUUCUAAAAUAAUCAAUUUCGCAAACAGCUCCUUUUAGCCAUGAAUGUGUCUCAAUGAGUUAUUGUGAGUUUUUGCACCACCUUGUGGAUACAUCGUCAUUUCUGUCAAAUCUCUUCACUCUCACAUAGAAUAAAAUAUGAAACUUAUUUAUAUUAUAUAUUUUAUUUAAAUAGGCCACUGUUAACAUAGUGCGUUAUAUUUGUAGGUACAAAAAUACGAUAAACGUCAAAAAAGCUUUUUGAGUGAGAAACUAUAGUAUUUUGGCGGAAAGCAUGGGAACCUGACGAGCACACACACCAAGGCCGCCAAGUGUUUCUUAAACUGCACGCGGUAAGAAUAGCUACAAUAUUUUCACCACUAAGCAGGUCAUGUACAUCAGUUAAUAACAUAAUUAAUAUAAAGUAGUCUAUUCUUUGAAAUAUACCAGUUUUAUAGGUGAUAUUUGACUAAAGAGUAAGUAAAUAACAACAUUAAUUUAAUCGGCAUUUUAUCUCUGUGAAUGCCAGUAAAGAAAACAGGAAAAAAGUUGCGUAAGUAAGGCCUUAGAUGCAAAACUGUUCUGCCUCCGUUAGAGGCUGUGUACAAUUUAUGAUGGACAUUUGCAUUUACCAAUAUUAUAUUUUUGUAAUACUUUAAUGUUCUGUAUAAGUUUAUUUUUGCCUGCCGUUAUUGUGUAGGUUGUUAUGUGAGGACUCUUAUUUUGACGUGUUUCCGCGAGCGACGCACAUGAGGUAACAGGAAGCAGCAAGCUCGUGACACAGCAAGCCUUGACAUGUUUGUGCCGCAUUUAAGUUAAUCCUUCUUCUAAACCCUGUCGAAAGCGUUGUCUUUUUACUCGGUUCAAUGGCCGCGGAGUUUGAUUGUGUAAACCACACAUUGGACUAUUAAAGGAGCAAGGUGCUCAUAUCCUGGCUAUUGAACAGAGUUUGGAUUGCUGUUUAUUUAUAUUACACGCUGGGAAAGCAAAACAUAUAAAGAGAACAGUACAAUAACAAAUAUUAUUAGUAGUGAUCUAAUGAUACAUAAUGAAACAAACAAAAAGCUACACUCGUAAUGCAUCAUCACAUGUGAUUUCAAUGAGAACGGAGGAAUAUGUAAAACAGCAGACUCGGGUGAGCUCUGACUUUUCUACACUCCCUCUGAAUACCUCUUCAUCAACCUGUGCACAAGAAUCGACUCCUCGUUUGAUCGAUAAGUCUCAGAGCACGAAUGGUGCAUAUGAUGGGGACACAAAUGCAGUUCAGGAGCGGAGCAGAUUAUGCGAUAGUGAACGUCUACAGAGCACAAGAUUUUCAGAUUCCCCAUACAAUCCGCCUCAUUCCAUCCCGAAUACUGCAUUUAAAGCAACUUCACAUCAAGAUCCUGCUUCAAAAAGGUAUACGACCCAAUCAGAUACACAGCAUUACUCUCAAAGCCAAGCCACGCCUAUGCUAGACUUUGCUAAAUUCAUAGCACGUAGAGAGCUAGUCACCACAGGGCUUACCUGUGCAAAAAUGUGCUUGUUGCGUGUCUUUCCUCGAGAACAACGGGAACGAGCUAUCAGGAUAUAUGCCAUAAUUGAUGAUCAAAGCAAUCGCUCACUGGCCAAAGGAGAAUUCUUUCGACUAUUCGGGAUCCAAAGUAACCCCUCUCCGUAUUUGUUGAGAACAUGUGCUGGUUCCAUGGAAACGUCUGGAAGGAAAGCGGUUGGCUUCCAAAUAGAGACCCUGGAUGGCACUUCUAUGUGGACGACGGCCUCGUGUCCAAGCUUUCCCACCGAAAGAUCUCGCUUCCGGUCUCCGAGAUCUGAAUUUUGGAAAUGAGAGUUGGCCAGCACAAAGAAGUCUGGGUUUCUACUGGGACAUAAAAACAGAUACUUUCACCUUCAAAGUUGCAGCAAACGACCAGCCCUACACUCAUCGCGGAGUGCUCUCUGUCGUGAAUAGCCUCUUUGACCCUUUGGGCUUUGUGGCACCAGUGACAAUCCGGGGCAGAGCGUUGGUAUGUGAGCUGACCAAAGAGGUACAUGAUUGGGACACGGUCCUUCCUGAAGAGAGGAAAAACAUGUGGGAGGAAUGGAAAACCUCACUUCAAAAGCUAAGCAACCUUCACAUCACACGCACAUACCUACACCAUUCACUUUCUAACACUUCAUACACUGAGUUGUGUGUCUUUUCAGAUGCCUCGAGCUGGGCCAUAGGGGCAGUGGCUUACCUCAGAGCUCUAACUGAUGAAGGCGAGGUCAAAGUGGGAUUUGUGCUAGGCAAAGCGAAGCUGUCACCUCUUCCUGAGCCUUCUAUCCCUCGCCUGGAGCUGUACGGUGCAGUGCUGGCUGUGGAGAUGGCUGAACACAUCCUCGAUGAGCUAGACCACAAGCCGAAUGCAGUGAAAUUCUAUUGUGACAGCAAAGUGGUCUUAGGAUAUAUUUACAAUCAGUCCAGACGCUUCUUUGUUUAUGUACACAACCGUGUUCAGCGGAUACGUCAGUCGACUUCUCCAGACCAGUGGGGUUAUGUGCCUACGGUUCAGAAUCCAGCUGACCUGGCAACAAGAUCUGUGGUUACUUCACAGCUGAAUGACACCAUAUGGUUCACAGGAACCAGCUUCCUCUACCAACCGCCCCAAGAGCAACAGUGUGAGUCCUUCGAAAUGGUUAAUCCUGAGACAGACGCAGAAGUCAGACUUUGUGUAACCAGCUUCGCUACUCGAGCUGAAAGAAGCCUCUUUUCGGAACGGUUUCAACGCUUUUCUACCUGGGAAUCUUUGCUAGGAGCGGUUUCUUUUCUGAUUCAUCAAGCACGUUCUCUCACGUCAAGUUCCAUCAGUACAUCCCAUACAUGCAAAGGAUGGCAUCAGUGCAGCAAAAUACACACACCUGAAGAGCAGACAGCAGCAAAGAGACUAAUACUUCUACACGCCCAGAAAGAACUAUAUCCCGAGGAGUAUGCAGCUUUGCAGAGAAACGAACAAGUUUCACAUUCAAGUGCACUGUGGAAUCUCGACCCCUACAUCGAUGACGGCCUCUUGAGGGUUGGAGGACGUUUGAAACAUGCUUCAAUCGAGUCAGAGGUAAAGAAUCCAAUCAUCCUUCCAAAGCAAAGUCAUGUUGCUAAACUGUUGGUGAGUUACUACCACUCCAAAGUGCACCAUCAGGGGAGACAGUUCACAGAAGGAGCAAUCCGACUGGCUGGCUUGUGGAUUGUAGGGGGGGAAAGACUGAUAAACUCUAUCCUUCACUGUUGUGUGACAUGCCGCAGACUCAGAGGAAAGCAAGAAGUUCAAAAGAUGGCAGAUCUUCCUCCUGAGCGCCUCAGUACAUCUCCUCCAUUUACAUACGUGGGGUUAGAUGUUUUUGGUCCGUGGACAGUGGUCACUCAACGCACCAGAGGCGGUGUAGCUGAAAACAAAAGGUGGGCUAUACUCUUCACAUGUAUGACUACACGAGCAGUACAUAUAGAAGUCAUAGAGUCUAUGAACACUGCCAGUUGCAUCAAUGUUCUGCGAAGGUUUUUUGCUGUGAGAGGACCAGCAAAACAGCUCAGAUCAGACAGAGGAACCAACUUCAUCGGUGCAAGUCAAGAACUAGGCAUGCAACCAGCAAAAGAAAACCAGACUAGUCUUCUGAAAUACCUCCAUGAGAAUGGCUGUACGUGGGAAUUCAAUCCACCACAUGCAUCCCUAAUGCGUGGAGCAUGGGAACGCAUGAUCGGUGUAACCCGCAGGAUUCUAGACGGCAUGCUGUUGCAGAAGAAACAUGCUCACUUGUCCCAUGAGGUACUUUGCACUCUGAUGGCAGAGGUGUCAGCAAUCAUAAAUGCUAGACCUCUGGUUCCUGUCUCAGCAGAUCCCUAUUCUCCAUGCAUACUCACUCCAGCGAUGCUCUUAACCCAAAAGCCCCUAGUACCUGUUCCGUUCGAGAACUACACUGAAAAAGACCUCUUGAAAUGUCAGUGGAAGCGCGUGCAGGCAUUGGCUAACGAGUUCUGGAGUCGAUGGAGAAAAGAAUACAUAAGUACACUCCAACCUCGCCGCAAGUGGCAUGAGACUCACCGAAAUCUGCACCCUGGAGAUGUUGUGCUGUUGAAGCAAGUUCAGUCCCCAAGAAACAACUGGCCUUUGGGCUUAAUUACAUCCGUCUUCCCGAGCAACGACGGAAAGGUCCGCAAGGUAGAGGUUAGAACAACCUCAGGCGGUAACGUGAAAACAUUCUUAAGACCCAUUUCUGAUGUCAUCUUACUGCUAGCCAAAGAGGAAUAAAUAAGACUGAACACAGACUGUCAUAGCCAGGCGGGGAGUGUUCUGCCUCCGUUAGAGGCUGUGUACAAUUUAUGAUGGACAUUUGCAUUUAACAAUAUUAUAUUUUUGUAAUACUUUAAUGUUCUGUAUAAGUUUAUUUUUGCCUGCCGUUAUUGUGUAGGUUGUUAUGUGAGGACUCUUAUUUUGACGUGUUUCUGCGAGCGACGCACAUGAGGUAACAGGAAGCAGCAAGCUCGUGACACAGCAAGCCUUGACAUGUUUGUGCCGCAUUUAAGUUAAUCCUUCUUCUAAACCCUGUCGAAAGCAUUAGCUGUAGAGCCCUGCACGGGCCAUAAAUCUGGGCCCUAGCCCGGCCCCGGCCCGAGACACUAAGGCCCUAGCCCGGCCCCUGUCCGACAGCUUAUCAGAAUUACCGGCCCGAGUCCGACCCGAGCCCGUCUUUUUUUUCUCCCUUCUCCCAAAACAGCUUAUAUUGUUUCAGCUAUUAAAAUAGAUUUACAGUUUUGUAAAUAAUGGCAAAGUGAAUAUAUUUCGUUUUGUUUUUAUUAAGUUAAUUUAGAAAAACGUUUGGAGCAUUUUUUUUGUUCAUUAAAUAUAACUUUUUGUUUUUUAAAGUGAUGACGAACGAUCAAGUGCAAUAGCGCAUGCGGCCGGCAGUCAGUUUAUGACGUUUGAUCAAUUUAGCCUCUCAAAUCAACACUUGACUUGACUACAAUAAAAUCCAUAGAAAUAAAACACUUCAACGUUAUCACAACGUUAGUUUAAACGUUUAUUAUCACCAUCUCAGAACAAAGGCAUUUUUGACAAAACAAGAUGAGCAGGCUGCUGCUCGCAACGGCAUGGAAAAGAAAAUAAUAGCCAAAUAAUAAUAAUAAAACGAAAAUAAAUAAAUAAAUAGACUAAAUAGGCUCAUAAAAAUGCAGGAUUUCUUACCCUAAACAUGAAGACUUCACCACAGAACAUGGCCAUUCUUUUUUCCAACAGUUAUGGACUAGACUUUAUAAAAAAAAAAAAAAAAGAAGGCAAAUCCCAAACGAAAACGAGACAUGGCUACUGCCAGAAGAAGUCUCUUAGAGAGCAUCGUGAAGAAAAAGCACAGCAUCCACAGUGGAAGGCUUUAAUCCAGUUCUCCUUUCCUCAAUAAUUCUUCCAGCUGUGCUAAAGGCAUGCUCACUGCUACUGCUGCUGGCGGGGACACUAAACACCGCGUGAGCCAGUCGUGAAAGAAGUGGCAGUAUGGUCUCGUGCUGUUGCCACCAGUGCAGAACAUCUCUUCCAUCACCUUCCAUGUUAGGAUUGAGGCGCAGGUAAAUCUGAACUUCAUCAGUAGUAUCCUCCUCCUGCUCCAAAAUGUUUUCCCACUCUUCCUCAAACUCGGCCAGAGCUCUCUUCUUUGCUGCGGGGCCAGCAGCAACAGGUGCAGGCACAGCCUUGCCCGCUGCUGCAUGAAUAAUAGUUAUAAUUAUUGGUUAGGCCAAGGCCAUCAGGCUAUUAAUACAUUAAUUUAGAGACCUGAUAAUAAUAAUAACAACAACAACAACACAUGCAAAAGAAAAUCUCACCGGCUAGUUGAUCAGCCCUUUCCGCUGCCGCCCCCUCUCUGAAGCGGGCUAUCUGAUGUCUCGCCAGCUGAUGGAUGUCAUCCCUUUCGGCGUCGGUGAACAUCCUUAAUUGACUGAACUUCGGCCAUAAGAAUAUGGCCAGUUUGUGAAGUGGCUGGAUGUGGAAGAAUAUUGUCGAAGAGCGGCAAGAAUAUUAGCCCCCUGAUCGGUUACCCAGACAACAUUAUUCAUUACUGAUGCUUCAAAACCAAGGAUUGAGACUAAUUGCUGCUGCAACUCUUUUCGGAUAUUGUCUCCUGUUUUUGCCUCGUUUGGGAAGCUUGUUGUGGUGAGUACCCUGCUCUUCAUGUCAUAUUGUGUUGUGACAUAGUGACAUGUGAUUGACAAGUAGCUUAUUUUACGGUGAUCAUUGUCCACAUGUCAGUUGUCAUGCCAAUAUUUAUUAACGACAUGACCCCCUUGAUCUCUUCAACUAUGUCUCCUCUCUUAGCAGUCGCCAAUUCUUUGCAUUUUCGGGAGAUUGUGGUGGGGUCAGGGAGCAAACUUGUAGCUGACAGACGGCCGUGAGUUGCGCCACAUUAAUUAGCUCUUGCGCUAACUGAAUGAAACCGUUCCCUGCUACGGUUUCAAAUGGCCGUAUGUCCAUACAACAGAAAUUUACACAUUUAGCUGUGAUUUGCGAUUUCACUGUAGAAGGAGUUGGCUUGGUGAGGAAAUCACUCACACUCGUUUGUUUGCUGCUGCUGCCUGGUCCGCUGCAUCCGCCGCGCUCAAAAUGUCUUUGUAAAUGAGAUGAUCCAGUUUUCUUACUAUCGUAACUUAGCACAGCCUUGUAAGUUGUGCAUUGUGCAUAACCAGUUGGCUCGUCAUUUAAAGUUGUCACUAUUUGAAAAGCUGCCCAGAAAUGUGCCUUUCCUCUAGUGUUUUUCACAGUUUUAAGUUCGCCAUUGGCGAUUCUUCUCUUUAUGUUCUCCAUUGCACGUGAAUCGUCUGGAAAUAUGCGCGCGUGACGCGUGUGUGAUUAGACUGUCUGUGUAAUAGGUUAUGAAAUAUAUUUGUUUGGUUUACCGUCAUCAACUUCUCUUAGUUUCUUUUAAUUUAUGGAUCUCUCUAAAAUAUAGAAAAAGGAGAAGCCUAAAACAAGCCCGAUGCCCGGCCCGCGCCUGCGCUAUGACGUGAAAAUUGGCCCGAAGCCCGGCCCUAGGGGCGUAAAUAAGUCAGGGCCCUUCGGGCUCGGGCUGAAAUGCAGGGCUCUAGUUGGCUGUAAGUUCAUUUAAAUCAUUAAUAUGUCCAGUUUAUAUUACAGAAGAGUAUGUUCAGUUUAAAGGUGAUAUAAUCAAAGAUGUUUGUGAUUGCCGAUCACAAAUUGCAUUAGUGCUCUGCAUUGAGAAUGCUUCUAAUUUGCUUCUGAGUAAGCUAUGUAUCUGUAUACAUUUUACUUGUUAAACUGAUAAGUUUGUUACAGGUUUAAUAAUUACUUUUCUAUAUUUCUUUUAUUUCAUUUACAGUUUUACUCGGUUCAAUGGCCGCGGAGUUUGAUUGUGUAAACCACACAUUGGACUAUUAAAGGAGCAAGGUGCUCAUAUCCUGGCUAUUGAACAGAGUUUGGAUUGCUGUUUAUUUAUAUUACACGCUGGGAAAGCAAAACAUAUAAAGAGAACAGUACAAUAACAAAUAUUAUUAGUAGUGAUCUAAUGAUACAUAAUGAAACAAACAAAAAGCUACACUCGUAAUGCAUGCUGGGAAAUUUACACAAGCUGUGCCUGUCAUCAAAAAUAAUAACAAAUAUUGUUUAAUUCAAGCUUUUCUGAAUAGGAAUCUAGAGUGGGCACUUUUGGUGGGGAUUUGUGUUUCAUUUAUAUUUAAAACCUGCAGCCAUUACAUUUACAAACAUGUAAAAAAAAAAAAAAAACUUAAUUAUAUUUUUACAUAGAGUAGGCUAUAUCAUGUCAAACAGCGGGACAUGACAUUAAAUAUUUUUGUGAAGAUUACAUUACCCAUACAAAUGUUUUUAAAUUAUUCUAAGCAUUACUUCUUUUAAAUUUACAUUGAGGGCUAAUUACCCACUGUAAGAUGUGCUCAGUCUACUGUGUAUAUUGGUGAAAGAGGGGAAAAUAUCUCUUUUUAUUUGUCCAGUGUCCGGAUAAAUGACCUUUAAAUUCUAUUUAAAAAGCUAUAAUAUAUAUAUAAAAAAAUCACUGUUAUUUCUAUAAGUGUGAAAGGCAAUAAAAACAGCACAU